CAACUCACGUGGUAAAGGCCGGCUGAGGAUUUUUGAGGAAACAAUCCUUUGUUGGCGCGCCCGGUGGGACCAGCAAAUAUACAUCCAGAAGCGUCUGGAACCAUGCCACCGAGAAAGAGUAGAGACAAAGAGGUACAGCCAGCCCAGGCUGACCAUGCAGACGACAGUCCACUCCACUCUGAGGGCGAAAAUGAUCCCAUCACUUUUCUCCCAGUGUCACCUAUAGCAGAACGGUCCUAUGGGAAUCCAGUGUUUAAGGAGAAAGAAGCAGACCGUGGAGGUGACUUUGCUGAAUCAAGUAAUAUGUUUAGAGGUAUGACUGAACGUCUGGAUUUAGCAUUCAAAGAACAGAACCAGGCUAUGCGGAGACUUGUUGACAGUCAAACAGAAUCUUCCAAACGUCAAGAAGAGUUAGUUAGACAAUGUAUAGAAGAGAUGAGACGGGUUUUUGAGGAAGGCACUAGGGUGAUGCGAGAAACUGGGGAAGAAAGUCGCAGAACACUGCAGGUUGUUUCAGAACAAGUGGUUGAGCAAGUGCGACAGCCCAGACCUGAGAUUCCUCCUCUAGUCCAAAAUUUCUUCAUGGGUGAAGGACAAAGACAGCAUGAACCAAUGGAGGUUGCUGCUCCUGUUGCAGACCAUGGCCAUCAACCUCAGCAUAGGUAUGUUCCGCCAGGUAGGAAGGGAAAUGUGGGUCCUCAUCAUCAACCCUACCUAAGGGAUUUUUUCCAGCCGCAAGUUCCUCCAGCCCAGUCGGUACAGCGUGGUCUGCAGAAUCACCCAACUCAAUUAUUCAAUAGAGAUCAGCUAAUAGAUUUGGUACAAGAAACCUAUGGACCAGCCUUGAGACCAUUGGUGCGUCCAGCCUACAGGAAGCCUUAUCCAGACAUCAUUGAUCAUGAAAAUCCUUUUCCAAGGGGUUUUAAAGUGCCUGAGUUCACUUUAUUUUCUAGUGAGGUUGGUCAGUCCACUAUUGAACAUAUUGGACACUUCACAAUACAAUGUGGAGAGGCGUCUGGAGAUGAUAACUUGAAACUCAGACUGUUCCCUAGCUCUUUGACUAGAACAGCCCUUACUUGGUACCUCAAUCUGCCUCAAAAUUCAGUCUACUCUUGGAGGCAAAUGGAGGACUUGUUUCAUACUCAAUUCUAUCAUUGUGAACCAGAAGUGUCUAUGGCAGACUUGUCGAGGUUAGCCCAAAAGCCUGGAGAGUCGUCUGAGGCAUUCCUUACUAGAAAUUUGAAAGGAUGGAAUUCCGAGACUUCUAUGAAUUGUCUUAUAAAGUGGCUCGACAAGCCUGUUGUUUGUCCAGACCUUGUCAAACCAACUCACCAGCCUGAGAAGUCUGUGAGACGUUAUGUUGACAAAGCGAAGGAAACCAUGGGAGUAGAUGCAGAUCCUUUUCUAGCUGUGUCUGUGGGCGUGAAUGUUGUAGACCUCAGGAGUGCUGCCAGAAAUCGCAGUCUGCCUUAUGCUCAAAGAAACCUUGCUGUCGAAGACUUGAGACUGCAGCACAAGAGGGCUGAAGAGCGAAAAAGACACCAGAAGCAGGUGGAGGCUGAGGGAAGUUCAUCUCGCAGACCACGCCAACCUACCAAAAGGAAUAUGGUCUGGGUGAGAAAAGAGAAAAAGGAGGUUGUAACCCAGACUCUACAGAAGGAGGAUGACCAAUCUUCAGCUUCUCCAAAGGUGGCGUCUGUCAUUGUGAGUCCAGACGGAAUUUUGAAAGCAACUUUUGAAGCACCAGAACAGUCUGGGAAUCGUGGAUCUGAAUCAAAAGAAGAUGGCACUAUUCAUUUGGGGGAAUUCUCAGUGAAUUUGUCAUGUCUGGUGCUGACAUUACCCUUGGUUUUCCAAGCCAAGAAGGAGGAGGAACCAAUCGUCUGUGAGUUCCCAGAACAGACAGAAGAAGAGAUUCAUUCAAGUUGGUGUGUCCCUUCUUCACUUCACCAGAAACUGAUUUUCUGGACUGGUGGCAAGGCUGAGGUCGUGUCUGCAGAUGAUAAGCCUUUUUCAGCCAACACUCACCUGGUGGAGGCUAGAUAUUAUGAAGAGGACAUUGGUACCAUUCGGUUUUUUGGGAUGGAUAGACAUGGGAAACCGAUUGGGAUAACAGCAUGCAGCAGACCGUCUUUGUCUAAGCGUGCUGUGGAGGAAGAAAGAGAAAAGGCCGUGUUGGAGAUAACAAAGAAAUUAGCGGCCUAUUUUGCUAAAAAAGCAGUUCAAGUAGACAGGUCUGAAAUUGUUCAUGAAGGUGAGGAGGCAGACCAAGGUGAUGAAAUAACUUUGGAAGAGUUGGAUCUGGCCCCAGCCAAGUUGGAUGAUUUAAAAGCUGAAGUUCAAGACCCACUGGAAGAGAUCAAUCUAGGGUCUGAAAGUGAGCCAAAGAAAUGCCAGGUCUGGAUCGGAAAUUGGUGGAACAUAAACUGCCAAUUGCAAAAGGAUUCAGACCGUAUAAACAGCUGCCCAUAUGCAUGUCUGCAGAGGUCACUUUGAAGGUGAAAGAAGAAAUUGAGCGGCUGGUA